UCCAUAUCCAGAUAAAGCGAUAACGCAUGAAGUGGUGCAAAGCAUAAAACAAAGUGAUAUUGAAAAAGGUACAUCUCGGUUGAUAUUUUGUCGCGAGUUUUUCAUUCCACGGUCCACGAGGUGGUUUAAAAACAUGGAUUUCUUUGAGAUGACGUUACCAUUGCUCCUCCUACUAGUCUCCAUUCGGGACGUUAUUCUUGUGCAAUCGGCUGCGGUCCAGCCACUACAAACGAGUAUGGGCUUCCUGGAGAGAUAUGGGUACAUGGCCCCACCAGAUCCCAACGCUGCAAAGCUCAUCUCAGAGAUAGAAGUACGGCAGGGCAUCAUGAAAAUGCAGCAGUUUUUUCGACUUCCACAGACGGGGAUUAUGGACGAGGAGACGGUGGAGAUGAUGCAGAAGCCACGCUGCGGGAUGCCCGACCUCCCUGACCCACUCACUCGCUACAAGUGGAGCGGACGGAACAAAAGGUAUUCGACACAGGGUACGGUACCAUGGAGUCAUUUCGACCUGACAUACUCCUUUGACAGUUACACACCAGAUUUAACGCGCGAGCAAGUUCGUGAAGCCAUCCGGAGGGCGUUCAAAGUGUGGAGUGACGUCACACCUCUGACCUUCCGUGAGAUUGGAGGUGGAGAGCCAGACAUCCAUAUCGACUUCCCGAGGCGUUCCCAUGGUGACGACUACGCCUUUGACGGGCCCGGUGGCACCCUUGCGCACGCUUUCUUCCCCGGACCCGGCAUCGGUGGUGACGCCCACUUUGAUGAUGAUGAGACGUUCACGUACCAAACGUACACAGGUACGAAUCUUUUUAUCGUUGCCGCCCACGAGCUUGGCCACUCCCUCGGGCUUGGACAUUCUAACGUUGAGGGCGCUCUGAUGGCACCGUAUUAUCAAGGCUACAUGCCCGACUUCAAGCUCUCUUAUGAUGAUUUAUCGGGAGUACAGAGUUUAUACGGUCAAAACCCGAAUCCAAACCCAAACCCACGCCCAUUUCCUCGUCCUAGACCGACGACGCUACCACCGAAACGACCCGAGACAUCGAAGCCCACACCCUCCCCAACAUGUACUGGAGGAUUUGGGGCGGUGGCUGACAUCAGGGGCGAGGUCUUCAUUUUUAAGGGAGAGGACAUGUGGCGACUCUCUGGAGACGGAGAACUACUGUCUGGGUAUCCGAUGCCAACACAAACUUUCUGGAGUCGAGCGCCCUCUUCGCCCGAUGCCGUGUUCGAGAAAAUCGAUGGGACGAUCACGUUUGUAAAAGGUUUCAAACACUGGGAGUUCAACGGCCUUGACCUAAAGGCAGGGUUCCCUCAGGAUAUCGCCUCCUUCACAGGCAACCAAAUCUCAGACGUGAACUCUGCCCUGGCACUCAAGAGCGAAGGCUUCACUUAUUUCUUCAAUGGUGCCCUCUGUUGGCGAUAUGAUGGAAACGCUAUGCAGAUGGAGGAUGGGUACCCUCGAAGGAUAUCAGACGAGUGGUCGGGAGGUCCCGAAAAGGUCGAUGCGGCUUUUAGAUUCGAUGGUGCUACGUAUCUCAUCGAAGGCAACCAAUACUGGAGCUACAGCGAUGGAUCCAUGAAGGCUGACGUCAUCAAACAACCCCGCUGGUUCACGGUAGACUUUCUAGGAUGUUCGCUGGAUACCGUGGUGACGGAAGAAGAAGACGAUGGGAACUCUAGUGCCACACGGAGUCUAUUCAGUUUCUCAAUUGGGGCUUUGGCAACGUUGAUGGCGCUUGUUUCGUGUAGAUGAUGAGCAAUGCAUUGGUGAAUUGGUUGCGAAAAGCCAACACUGCAGUGCAUUGAUGAGAUAACUGCGAACAGUUGAAACGAAUACGAGUAUAUAGUUAACUUUGACAGGCAAAUGUUGAUGAAACGUCGCACGUGCUGGCAUGUCAUAAAGUCAACCUUAUUUAUACUGACUCGUCUAAUAUAGGUGGGGGUGGGGGCGGGAGGGGC